AAACGGGCAUUGAAAACUACUAGCUAAACUACUACUAGGAUACUAUUAGCUCUGAACGACCAAGGCCUGAAUAUCUUCAAUUAACACCAGUAUUGAUGGACUGCAGACUUCUUCUGAUUCUGUAGUGCGGUCCCUCACAGCAGCUGUGAGGAAGCAGGCGAAUAUAUUGGCCGAACUUUUGCUAAAGAUUAAUGCUCUUCUUACAAAUCAGAGAGAUCAGGAUAAGGAGAUGAAGAGGACUCCUUCAUUCCACGCAAUAAAAGGUAAGGAAAAAACCUUCCGCAAGGAAAGGUUUGAAAAGGAGAAACAUUUAAGGUUCUUUGAUAUCACAAUGAAUAAACAAAAGGCACCCUUUCAGGAUUUGAAUAUGGCUGAAGUGUUAGAAAAGUGGAAGAAACCUGCUCAAUUUGAAUUGAGUUUGGAAUUUGGAAUACUGUUUAAAGUUCGUGCUGGACGCUUCAGCCCUACCGGACAAAACUUCUACAAUCUUCAUCCGAAUACGAACGCAACCCGAACAGGUGGUGGAUGGACCUAG